AUGUGGGCGUCCAGGGUUUUCCUCCUGCUUCCGCUGGCGGCCAAGGUCCUAGCCUCUCCUGCUCUUGUCCCCGAAUCGGGAGUCCCCGGAUAUGGAGUCCAUGAGUUACAGUGGGAAGUGGAAGUAUUUCCAGGACAAGUCAUGAACUUUACGGGCACCGUUGAGAGUGUCGAUCGCCAGGCUGCUGCGCUGAACCCAACGUACAAGGAGGAAUAUUUGGCGCGCAACCCCGAUGUCUCUGCCGAGAAGACUCUAGACGCGCGUUGGAUCCAGGGUAGCUGGAAAAUGAUCUAUUGUAAGCCGGGGCACGGCUGGGAAAUGGGAGACAGAGACGCUGCAAAGGACGGGAUUAAGUACCUCCAGGGAGUGCCUGGUGAGCCUGCAUCCUCACCUGGUCCUGGUAUGUGUGGUCGAGUUAGCUGCUCGUAUGACACGGCCAUCUGGUGGUGCAAUGAUAACCCCAGGUGGAAGAGACUAGAAUCAUUUGGCAGGAUAGCCCAGGGUGCAGAAAUGAUUCUCAAAGCUUGUGUGAUGGCUCUCGGCCAGCACUUUGCCACUGAUAAUUGGAACGUUAUUAUUAGAAAGGACUAUUGUUAA